AUGGCUAUGCAUAAAGCCAUGCAGCAUGUGUACGGUUUACCGUCACCAAGUUCUACUACUACUACAGCAGCAACAACAACAUCAUCAUCAGUAUCAUUGGCAUCUUCAUCAUCAUCUGCAUCAUCAUCAGCAUUGGCAUCUUCUUCAUUGGCAUCUUCAUCUGCAUCAUCAUCAUCUUCUUCAUCUGCAUCAUCAUUGUCAUCAUCAUCAUCAUCUGCAUCGUCAUCGUCUGCAUCAUCAUCAUCAUCAUCUGCAUCGUCAUCGUCAUCAUCAUCGUCAUCACCAUCAUCAUCAUCAUCAUCAUCCAUGGACGAGCUUUGUGAAGCUCUCAGCACGCUCGAUAUAUAUGAGCCAGAUACCGAUAUACCCGAUGCAUUUCAUGAUACCCCAGAAGAGCUACAAGAAAUCGUUGAGAAUGGGGACGUAGGUGCCCCAGAGCCACAAGUACAAGGCUUGGAAGAUGUCACGAUGGGAACACCAUCACCACAACCACAACCACAAUCGCCAUUGCCACCACCGCCAUCACCACAACAACCACCACAACCGCCACCACCACAACAACAACAACCACAACCGCCACCACCACAACAACAACAACCACAACCGCCAAUUUUGUAUACCCAGGUGCCCAUAGAGUUUCUCAGCAAGAAUUGCGAGAGAGUUUGGUGGAUGGAAAACCCCAGCCCAGAUUCAGGCGUGCAUUUCAGCUAUGCCAGUUGCUUGCACAUACGGAAGGAUCGGCAUGGCGCUGCCAUGGCGAUGACGUAUCGUUCCAAGGAUCCCUUGUUCCCAUGCUACGAUUAA